UCCGACGGCCAUGAACCCGCCGCUCCUCACCGCCGCUCCCCCUUCCGCCACCCUCCCUCUCUUCCCCUCCCCCUUCCUCACUCCCUCCCUCCCCAGACGACGCCGCCGCCGCCUCAUCAAAGUCUCUCGUCCUCGCGCCACCCUCGAUCAGCCCACCCCCACUUCCGCUCCGCACAACUCCGACGUCUUCGGCGGCCCCAAGGAGCUCACUGGCAUCCAACCCCUCGUCAAGAAUCUGUCCCCUCCCGUGCGCUUAGCCGCCUCCGCCAUUGCGGUGGCCGGUGCGGUCGCGGCUGGCUAUCAUCUAGGCUUUCGGUUGGGUGGGUCUCGCAAUGCUGCUCUCGGCGGGGCUGCUUUGCUCGGGGCUGCCGGCGGCGCCGCUGCUUACGCCGUGAGGGCUUCCGUGCCUGAGGUCGCCGCUGCCGAUUUGCAUAACUACGUCGCCAGUUGCGAUGAUCCUCGGGCUGUUAAGAAAGAGGACAUAGAACUCAUUGCCACCAAGUACGGUGUGAGCAAGCAAGAUGCUGCUUUCAAUGCAGAGCUCUGUGAUUUAUACCUUAGGUUUGUCUCAUCCGUCCUUCCUCCUGGAAAUGAAGAACUUAAAGGAACUGAAGUUGAUAAAAUUGUCAAGUUUAAGAGUGCUCUGGGCAUUGAUGAUCCUGAAGCAGCUGCCAUGCAUAUGGAGAUUGGUAGGCGUAUUUUCAGGCAAAGGCUCGAAACUGGGGAUCGUGAAGCUGAUGGAGAACAACGUCGGGCAUUUCAAAAGCUGAUAUAUGUUUCAACUCUUGUGUUUGGAGAAGCAUCAACUUUCCUUUUACCUUGGAAGCGCGUAUUCAAAGUUACCGAUGCCCAGGUUGAGGUUGCUGUUCGGGAUAAUGCGCAGAGGUUGUAUUCUUCCCAGCUAAAAGCAAUUGGGAGAGAUCUCAAUGAGAACCAGCUUGAAAGUCUUCGGUCAGCACAACUAUUGUAUCGGCUAUCUGAUGAGCUUGCUGAGGAUUUACUUAAGGAACAUACAAGAAAACUGGUUGAGGAAAAUGUCUCAGCAGCUCUGAAUGUGCUGAAAUCAAGAACAAGAUCAGCGAGAGGAGUAGCUCAAGCUGUCGAAGAGCUAGAUAAGAUUCUAGCAUUUAAUAACUUGCUUGUCUCCUUAAAGAACCACCCAAACGCUGAUGGCUUGGCUCGUGGGAUUGCUCCAGCUUCCUUACUUGGUGGUGAAUACGACAGUGACAGAAAAAUGGAUGACUUGAAGCUCCUUUAUAGAGCAUAUGUUGCAGAUUCUUUGUCUAGUGGUCGUCUUGAAGAAAGCAAGCUGGAUGCUUUGAGUCAACUGAGGAAUAUCUUUGGUUUGGGUAAACGUGAGGCUGAAGCUAUCAUGCUUGACGUAACUGCGAAGGUGUAUCGUAAACGACUUCAACAGUCAUUUACUGGUGGUGAAUUGGAAGCUGCAGAUAGCAAAGCAGUAUUCCUCCAAAACCUAUGUGAAGAGUUGCGAUUUGAUCCACAGAAGGCUAGUGAUAUUCAUGAAGAAAUUUACAGGCAGAAACUUCAGCAGUGCGUUGCUGACGGAGAACUGAGUGAAGAGGAUGUUAAAGCUUUACUACGAUUACGAGUUAUGCUCUGUAUCCCUCAGCAGACUGUUGAAGCAGCUCACUCCAGCAUAUGUGGCAGUUUAUUUGAGAAGGUUGUGAAGGAUGCGAUUGCCUCAGGAGUUGAUGGAUAUGAUGCAGAAGUGAAGAAAUCUGUGAGAAAAGCAGCUCAUGGCUUGCGCUUGACAAGGGAGGCUGCCAUGUCUAUUACCAGCACAGCUGUCAGAAAAAUUUUCAUCAAUUACAUUAAACGAGCACGAGCAGCUCAGAAUCGUACUGAAUCUGCUAGGGAGCUUAAGAAGAUGGUCGCCUUCAAUACCUUGGUUGUUGCUGAACUGGUGGCAGACAUAAAAGGGGAAUCACCUGAUACUGCAUCUGAAGAAGCUGCUAAGGAGGUAGAAAUAGAAAUCGAAGAGGAGGAGUGGGAGUCUCUCCAGACACUUAGAAAGAUAAGACCCAGUAAAGAACUUACAGCCAAGUUAGGAAAGCAAGGCCAAACAGAGAUAAAUUUAAAGGAUGAUCUUCCAGAGAGGGACAGGACUGACCUCUAUAAGACAUAUCUAUUGUUUUGCCUGACUGGAGAAGUAACGAAUAUCCCCUUUGGAGCACAAAUCACAACCAAAAAGGAUGACUCUGAAUUUGUAUUGCUAAACCAGCUUGGCAGUAUCCUUGGCUUGACUCCUAAGGAGAUUGUGGAAGUCCACCGGGGUCUCGCCGAGCAGGCAUUCAGGCAACAAGCAGAGGUGAUAUUAGCUGAUGGUCAGCUGACGAAGGCUAGGAUUGAGCAGCUGAAUGAGGUGCAGAAGCAAGUUGGCUUGCCUCCAGAAUACGCUCAGAAAGUAAUUAAGAGCAUUACAACUACAAAGAUGGCAGCUGCAAUAGAAACUGCUGUGAGUCAGGGGAGGCUCAACAUAAAGCAGAUCCGAGAACUCAAGGAAGCGAGCGUAGAUUUAGAUAGCAUGAUAUCCGAGAGCCUGAGAGACAACCUCUUCAAAAAAACCGUGGAUGAAAUAUUCUCUUCAGGUACAGGUGAAUUUGAUGAGGAGGAAAUUUACGAGAAAAUACCGGCCGACCUGAAUAUCAAAUCUGACAAAGCUAGAGAGGUGGUUCACGAGCUAGCUCGAAGUAGAUUGUCAAAUUCGCUCAUUCAGGCUGUGUCCUUGUUGAGACAAAGGAAUCGACCAGGAGUGGUUUCCUCUCUCAAUGAUUUGCUGGCAUGUGACAAAGCUGUACCAGCGGAGCAGCUGUCUUGGGAAGUGCCAGAAGAACUGGCAGACUUGUUUGCUAUAUACAUGAAGAGCGAGCCUGCCCCAGAGAAACUAUCGAGAUUGCAGCAUCUGCUUGGCGUUAGCGAUUCAGCUGCGGCAGCUAUCCGGGAGAUGGGAGACAGAGUGAUUCAAAUUGGUGCAGAGGAGGAAGAGUUUGCUUUCUGAGUAAUUCCUUUUUGGUUUUCUUAUGUGUAUCGGCAUAAGUUUCGUUUGGCCCAAUGUAUUACUCAAUUUGUAUCUGCUCUCUCACCAGUUAGAUUGCUCAAGGAUGAUAGAGCUCGAUGCUGACUUGUCGAGAUUUUGGUUAUAUUCAUAUAUUUAUCCAAAUAACGGACCAUUCUGAGAGUA